AUGAUAAUAUCUAGAUAUCACACAUCCAAUUUAAUGUGUACAAAUAAUAUCAUAGUACCUACUAAGUUGUGUCCAGAAGGUUGCCUCAUUUGUGUGAUAUUGGUACCUGUUGUGUGCGAUAAGCCAGCUGCACACAAAAUCAGCGGUUUCACUUCUCAUUCUCACACUAACUUUUGUACAUGUUGCUGGAUCAGUAUCGCCAGCAAAGAUAAGGUGUCUGCCUUUGAGAAGGGAGCUUUCAAAGUGCACACAGAUGCACAACACCACAAACUAGGAGAACUGUAUGGCAAUCUGACAAUGCCAAAUGCUUACAAAACCUUUGUCAAGGAUUUUGUGACGAUCUAUAUGCAACUCUGGUGUUUACCUUAUUUCAAUAUUGUCGAGCAGGUGAUCAUUGAUCCAAUGUACAACUUAUUUCUCGGAUUGAUGUAUCACUACCUACAACCAUAA